GCUUAAAUAAAGACGCCCACAAGCUCUAGGCCUUCGGGCUACAGCAAGUCCAUUUUGAUUGCGCUUGAGCACCAACUUCCAAUAGAAUGGCAGGAGCAACUCAGCUCAGGAGUCCAGUCUAACAUUAUAAAUAGCGUCAUGACAGUCGCAGUCUUUCGUAGUGGACGCCAUAUGGACCGGUAUGGUGGCGGGUCGGAAGAUACCAAAGAGGACUGGUCACUUAAAUUUUCUCUAGACGACGCAUUGCUCGCGAGUGGUUCGCUACCAUGAAGUUUUGGUCAACUCUCGCGUUCGGUAUUCCCCGUACAUCUGCCGUGACCGGGUGAACAUCAUCGGCGAAACCGAGGUGAUCAACUCAGUGAGCUCACUACCAUGACCACUGUCCCGUCUGCAAGUCAGUGGGGAUCCCCUACUGCAAAUAGGAGAGCAUUCCUCAUACAUGGUUUGGAUUCGUCUUCGCACACGUUCCACCGUGUUGCAUCGACGCUUGCAACCAAAGGAUACUUGGUCAUUGCUCCGAAUCUUCUUGGACAUGCUCUCAGGAAGCCUGGAGUUGACUUCAAAGUCCAGACAUUGGCAGAUGACCUCUUGCCAUACCUUCAAGCUGCCGAGUAUGAUAUCGUCGUUGGCCACUCAAUGGGCGCGCUCGUGGUAUUAUCGCUUCUCAAGUACCUGCCAAAAACUAAACCUACUUCGGUGGUUCUUAUCGACCCAUCUCUGGAAAUAGCUGCAGAGCAGAUGGCGCAUUGGAGAGUCAAGCUUUCUGACCAUAGCAAAACUAACCUCACCGCAGAAGAUUAUAUGGCAUUGAAUCCUCUAUGGACGAGAGAAGAUGCUAUCUGGAGAGUGUUAGGGACCCAGAUUGGAAGAUCAACCAACUCCGAUGAUCAUAUCGAUGGUAACGUGCCGUGGUCAUUUUCGCAUCUGAUCGCCGACAAGCCUGCUGCCGCUGCAUUGACGGUUUUGAUUGAAGAUCUGCGAUUUAAUGGCGCUUUGAAGCUGGAAAUUGUCGCAAAGCUUAAAGACAUCAGAGCCGUGAUUGUUCCGAAUGCCUCGCACUGGAUACAGUAUGAAUUCCCCGAAGUGAUUGUUGAAGAGGCGCUAAGGAAUAUUGAAGAAUAAGACGAUGGUCAAUUAAGACUUCCAUGUUUCGACUACCAUUA